AUGCCCCCAAUCAUAUACAACGUUGUUUCCCUGCCUGCUGCCACUUCUUCAGAUAAUUUGAACGCGUUAGAGGAAGUCAAGGACUUUCUGACCACUGACCUCGGCCGCGGAGGCUCCGAGCGCUGGACUUAUCGUCUUCUUCCAGAACACUCCCUUAAUUCAGAGAUCGAGCGCAUCUCUACCCCCCAGUCCCACAGGUCCGUCGACAGUGUCACUUUUCAACCGUGUACAACAUAUACAGCUCGCUCCCAAGAUCGAUACAGCAUCGAAGAAUGGGACCUUCCCGGAGGAAACUGGCUAUUCACGGCAAUCUAUGACGGUCACUGUGGCCAUGAUACAGUCACCUAUGCGCAGCGGAGGCUUCCUUCUAUGGUUAGAAUGUCCCUCCAAGCACUGCUAAAGAGUGCCUCGUCUUCAUCACUGCGUCCUGAGCUGGUUUCAAGGACUCUCUACGAUACCAUCAGGCACCUCGAUGACUCUAUACGCUCCGAUCUCUUCGACCUCUUUCCCCCAGAUAAGCUAGAACGCAUGUCCGAUUCUCAGAUUAAGCAGCACAUCCUCAACAAUGGUGCCGCAUGGGCAGAAAUAUCUCCAAUGUGCACUCAGGGCAGCACCGUAUUGAUCACCUUGACCGACCCUUCGCGAAAAAACUUAUGGGUGGCUAAUCUGGGCGACUCUCAAGCAGUUCUAGGCACUCGGAGAUCCCCAGGAAAAUGGACGCCCGUCGUGAUUAACGCCUCUCAUAACGGGAACAAUCCUUCAGAGCGUCAACGCAUCAUGAGAGAGCACCCGGGAGAGCCAUAUAGCAUCUCGGAAGAAAGAGUAGUUGGAUAUCUCGCUCCGACGCGAGCCGUCGGAGAUACAUGGCUCAAAAUCCCUGCCGCGUACUCUCGUCGCCUCUUUACAAAAUAUUGUCCAGAGUGGAUGUCACCUAGACAGGUACACGAAUUUGCCAAUCGUAUCUUGACGCCUCCCUACGUGUCAGAUAUUCCGGAAGUGUAUCAUCAUACCCUCAACGUUUCGAACCCUAUAGAAGAUUAUUUUUUGAUCCUUUGCUCGGACGGACUGCAAGAUCUGUACGAUGGCGUAGAUAUGCACUUUAAUGACAGACAGAUGGUGGAUAGAUGGGUUAAAAUUGUCGGACAAGCCAUAGACUCCCGCGAGACGCGCAACCUGGCGUUGCGUCUUCUCCGUGAUGGCAUUGGUGGCGAUAAUGUACAGUUGGUGUCGCGGAAUCUUACGUUAGAAAUCGAGGAGAAGUGGAUGGACGAUGUGACUAUCUUAAUUCAGCGCUUCCGAUAG